AUGGGCGUGCCACCUCCCUGGGUAGGGACUGGCCUGGUAUAAAUUUCUCUGACUCUGGUGGCAGGCUGCAUCUGAUCAAGCUCCAGUCACACCAUAGGCAGCAGGGUCUCAGGAAGGGCCAUGGCAAAGGGAGCAACCAGCAAGUGCAAUCAUUCUCUCACUCUGAGCCUUUUGGUUCUGCUGAACUCUCUGGGCACCAUGCAGGUAGAUGGUAAUCACACCUUGCGGGUCACUGUACAAUCUCAAUAUAAUCAAGGAGAAUUCAUGGAUGGAUGCUGGGCCUUCAUGAUUGAUAGACAGUAUCCCUUCUACUUUUAUCCAAAAAAUAUGACCUGGAGAGAAAAUCAGCCUAAUGCUAUCAAGACCAUGAGUCAAUGGGAGAAUAACAGGGAACUAUUCCAAAGUCUCAAGUUCCUCUCCACGGGAGAUUUCAGUCUGUGCCUCAAGAAAUUGUUGACAGACUCCAGAGAAUUGACAAGAUCGACAAUAAAGGCACCAGAUACCACCCAACCUACAUCUACCACCCAGAGUCCAUCUACAGGGAAUAGCACCCCAGCCAUGUCUUCCAACCAGAGUUCAUCUACAGGGAAUAGCACCCAACCUACAUCUACGACUGAUUAUCUAAUUAUAUUUGAGUUUACAGCAAUCUUCCUUGCAUUGAUCGUGGUUUCUAUGGAAAAAAAAAGGUGCUUCCUGCUGCUCCCCUUCCUCUUUAGUAUGAACUUCAGUCCCCAUCACCAGCUGUAUGGGAUGAAUCUUGAACAUAUUUCUGUGGCUUCUCCAGCAAAGGAACAUAUUUCUCAUGACAUCUCAGAAAACCUUGCUGCUGACUUUGAACCAGAUUGCCAUUCUGUGAUCUAA